UUUAAAAACAAAAAAAUACAUUUAUUUAAUUUUAGCAAUAGCCCCAGAAGAGUUAAUAGCAUCAGACAAAGUAGCCCUAAUAAUUUCAAAUCGUUCAUAUUCCCCAAAUAUGACUAAUUUAAUUACUCCACAUUGUGAUGCUGAAACAUUAGCAGACGCUCUUCAACAACUUAAUUUUAAGACUGUUACUUUGGGGGAUUUAAAUCUUUCUGAAAUGAAACAAAUGAUUAAUGCUUACAAAAAGUUGUUGGGGGAGGGAGUUUAUGCAAUUUUUUAUUUUGCUGGACACGGUUUUGAAGCAAAUGGCCAAUGUUAUUUACUACCAAUUGGCGCCCCAGCAAACGAUUAUGGCCCUCAAGAUUGUCUUAGUAUGGAUUUGGUUAUGAAUGAAUUUCGUGAUUUCCAUCCAGCAUUAAAUUUAAUAUUGUUGGAUAUGUGCCGGAGAUUUUUACCUUUAAAUAUUGAUGCGUUUGUAGCUUAUUCUGAACGGUUUAGACAAGGCGAAAUUAAAAUUAAUAGAAAUACUGUUUAUGGUUAUGCUACAAGUGAGGGCAUCGGUGCCUAUGAAGUUAAAGGGGAAAUGAACGGAGUUUUUAUGAAAUAUUUGAAGAAACGAAUAAAACAGCCUAGGCCAUUACUUGAUAUGUUAAAUAAAGUAUUUUUAGAUAUAGAAAGAGAUCCAAAAGUCAGGGAUGUCCAAAUCCCAGAGCUACGUUCAAAUUUAACCAAACAACGAACUCUACUCGAUCCGUUAUGUAAAGAUGGACAUACAACCUCUUAUAAUCACCACACAUUUCAUUGGAGAACAAUGCAUGAAUUGCCAAUACCUGUACAAAUUGAAUUUUCUGAAUUAAAAUUACAAGUAACUAUAUGGUUCGAUUUUUGUGGGCAUUUUACUAAUAAAGUUUAUGUAUUUAGUAGUGUUGAAGAUUUAAUUCCAAAAGAUGAAGAUUUUCAAGAAUUUAUGGAAGGGAAAAAUAAAGAAGAUUUAAAUAAAGGAGAAGAUGGAAGAAUGUUAGUCAGUGAUUGUAAAACGUGUUCAGAAUGGGCGUUAUCUCAUCUGGCUUAUUUACGCUUUCCUGAGGAGUUUGAAUGUUCCUCUCCAAAAAUGUGUAAAGACGAUGCUGAGGGUGUUUCUCUAUGUGUUCUACUUUCACAUUUACAAAAAGCAAAGGGGGAGCUAACUUGUGUAGUUGAAAUAAGGGAUAGACAACAAAAAUUAAUAGCAACAAAAGAAAAUCAGUUAUUAGGGCAUGUUUUGAUAACAAGAAUAGCUGGAAGGAAAUAA